GAGAUGCUUACGCAGUUGCAGAAAUACCAUCCGGACGACCUCAAAGGAAAAGGAGAGCCGUCUUACUCGCUUGAGCGAGCGCUAAAGGAGAAGAAGCGUGCCAAGAAUGGAGAGCCUGAUGAAAUUGAGAUGCAAUCCGGUCUUCACAGUCGCAAUCGCCAUUCUAAAACGUCCAAGCAUCAGCGUAGCAUCACUGUUGCACUGCAUGGAACCUCUUCUUCUACUGGCAACGCUUAUAACAACAACGAUCUCCAGCGCCGGAACUCGACUGGUAAAAAAAUAAGCGACAGUCUGAAACGACGAUGGGGCAGUAUCCGAGGCAGGAAGUGAUACUGCUUCUUUAUACCCACAACACACGAAUUUUGCGGGCUUGAACCAACAUGAGGUUUCGAUGCCCUUUUGUUUUACCUUUCAUUCAUUAUAUUGGGUUCUCAUUAUUGUUCUAUUUCUGGCGGCGUUCGAUAUCAAGGCUGGCCAUUUCCGUGAGUGGAUUUUUAUAUUACGGAUCGCCUCAUUCCUUCUGGAUGGCUUUCCAUUUUGUGGGCAUUUUGAUGCAUGAUGGGGUUUUCUACUGGUUGGGUGGCUUUGUUUCUUUGGGAUGGGUUACACGUUGGAAUGAUUUGAACGAGGAAAAUAGACCAAAGUGGCAACCUUUAUCAACUUUUUCUCCGACAGCAAGGAGACGGCGUCACAGGUUUUCGGGUGGGCAGGUUAUAGAGCGGGAUGGUACGGAAGCAUGCAAUGCCAGCCAUAUGAUGGGUUUCUUUUUGUGCGAUAUUUGAGAGGAAGCAAUAUUACCUCGGCAGAAUGUGCAAAUAUCCGGAUAGAUUUCUCAAAACUAGUGAAUUGGCAGUUCUGUGGGCUCUUGUGUGUGUUAGUUUCUAGAUUGAUAACCAAAAUUGACAAAUGAUUAAAUU